AUGGACCACACCCUUGAGAGCAGAGGAGGAAGCGGAAGGCAGGGAUGCGGGAGGGCCUUCGAGCCAGGAACUCAUGAAGGGGAGGGGGAGGGAAGGAUGCUGGCAGAGGCGACUAAUGAGAGGUUUCUGAUUGGAGAUGGGGUCAAAGAGGGGAAUAUUUGUGGAGUCCUGUUUACUCCCCCCGGAAGAGGUCCGUUCCCUGCCGUGCUGGAUCUGUACAUGUUUGGUGGAGGUUUAUCUGAGAAAAGGGCCUCUCUGCUGGCAAGUCGAGGAUUUGUGGUUCUGACUGUAGCUCUGUACGGCCAUGACGACAUGCCCAGGAACAUCAGAGAGGUUCAUCUGGAUUAUUUUGAGGAAGCAAGAGAGUAUUUAAGAAAACAAGACAAGGUGGGCAGUAAAGGAGUUGGUGUGCUAUCCCUUUCAAAAAGUGAAGAUAUUGCACUUUCAAUCGCCUCUUACCUGCCAGAUGUUGAGGCCACAGUGUGGAUCAAUGGCUGCUGUGCCAAUACAGCUUUACCCCUCUACUAUAAGAAAAGCCAAAUCCUCCCUGCAUUAAUGUUUGACUUGAGCAAGAUGAUUCCCACUGAGUCAGGAGCCAACAUGGUCAAGAAUGUUUUGCACAAUCCCCUGGCAGAGGAGAAAAAGGCCACCCUGGUCCCCAUUGAACAAGCCAAGGGAUGUUUCCUCUUUGCAGCCGCAGAGGAUGACCUCAACUGGGACACUAAGGCUUACAUGGAUGAGAUGGUGGAGAGACUGAAGCAUCAUGGGAAGGAGAACUUUGAAAGUGUGAGCUACCCUGGAGCAGGACAUUACCUAGAGCCACCUUAUGGACCCUACUGCCCCUCCAGCUUUCAUGGGGUUGCGGGUAAACCAGUCCUGUGGGGGGGUGAGGCCCGGUCCCACGCAGCAGCUGAAGUCCACCUGUGGAAGAACAUCCAGGAUUUCUUCAGAGCUCACCUGAGCAGUGAUGAUACACACACUAAAGCCAAGUCAUAG